AUGAAGGACCACAAACGACAGACUGUUGAUGGCCAAGCAGCCAUGGAGAACAAUACACAUGCUUUUGUCGAGAAGCCAUCGGAGUACGACGAGAAAUGUAACCCAGGAACACCGGCUUCAAGCCAUAACAGCCCUUCUCCAACUCCACUUGAUGAACAAGACAACAACGGCGACGACAACAGCGAUGCAGCAUCUGUCGGAGGUCAACGAAACACCAUGACGUCGAGACAACUCCGCAUCGCCAUCCCCGCCCUCUCAGUCUGUCUCUUUGUCUCCUUCAUCGACCAAACCAGCGUCUCAACAGCCACACCCGCCAUAGCCGUCGACCUAAACACCGGAACAGCAACAUCAUGGAUCGGCACAUCGUUUCUGAUCGCCUCGACAGCGUUUCAGCUGAUCAAUGGCCGAUUGUCAGAUAUCUUUGGUCGCAAGAAUCUGUUACUGUGGAGUUUGAUGCUCAUGGCUCUAGGGGAUCUGGGCUGUGGGUUUGCAAAGACGGAUGUGCAGUUGUUUGUGCUGCGUGCUAUUGCCGGUGUAGGGGGGGGUGGGAUUAAUAGUUUGGUCAUGAUUAUUGUGAGUGAUAUUACGACUUUGCAAAAUCGGGGGAAAUAUCAAGGCUGGCUCGGUGCUAUUAUCGCUUUAGGAAACGGCGCCGGGCCCUUCUUAGGAGGUGCUAUUGUGGAAGGAGCAACGUGGAGAUGGGUUUUCUGGAUGAUUCCCAUCAUGUCCAUCCCCACAGCCGUCGUCAUUUUGUUCUUCCUACCGCUGAAACAUCGGUCUGGUGACCAUCUUGAAAAACUGAAGAAGAUUGAUUACGGCGGCAUGGUGCUCAACAUUGCGUCGACGCUUCUCCUGCUCAUCCCCUUGUCAGGGGGAGGAGUAACGUAUGCCUGGGCGUCCCCCUUUUUCAUCGCCUGCACCAUAACGGGAGCAGUACUAGGUGUUCUAUUCGUGCUAUACGAGUGGAAACUCGUCAAACUCCCCAUAAUGCCGCUUCGACUGUACCAAGCACCUCAUUGCUCAGCGCUUUACUUGCAAACCUUCCUCAUCGGUCUGGCCUACUUUGGAAACUUCUUCUACCUUCCCCUCUACUUCCAGUCCAUCCUCCGAUACUCGCCGCUAGCAUCUGGAGCCUUGAUCCUACCUGUCGUCAUAUCCACCUCCUUCGCUUCAAUCGCAUCGGGAACAUACAUGAACAGAGUGGGCAGCUACAUGCACUGUAUUCUCGUCGGAUUCGCCCUGUGGACCCUCGGGAACGGGCUCACUCUACUCUUUGACCGGAAAACGAGUCUGGCUGUCCUCAUCAUCAUCGGCAUUAUAGAAGGAGCCGGAAUCGGUCUUACGCUCCAACCAACCCUUGUAGGCAUGUAUGCCAACGGCCGUGGCGAAGAUCGUGCCGUAACAACCGGUCUGCGGAACUUCAUCCGCACCAUCGGUGGCGCCUUUGGUCUCGUAGUCUCCGGAGUGAUACUUUCAAACACACUCAGCAGAGACCUGUCACACCAGUCCUUUGUAUCAGAAAGCCUGAUGCAACAGCUCACGUCCUCGACUUACGACCUCGCCAAAUUUGGUCUCUCUCAGAACCAACAGGAAGACGUAUUCGAUACGUAUAUGCUAGGUUUGCAUUACAUUUUCAUUUUCUUCACGCUAUGUUCAGGACUCGGCUUGUUCCUGACUUUUUGGGUGGGAAAUACUAGUCUUAAGGCACCGAAGAAGUUGGAUGAGGAAGAAGUGGUGCCGGCGACUACACGAGAUGAUGCGCCUCAGCCACAGGUUAUUCUUGGUCGCAAUCUUGAGGUGCAGGACGUUGUUGCUGAUGAGAAGGGAGGGGAUGUGGAAAGCACUGCUCACCCAAGAUGA